AGACCCAAACAGGAAGUGUCACUGUGCGACACAACGUGACAGUCAAGUUAGAGCAAAACGAUAAAUAUACUACUGAAAAUGUCGUUUAUCGUGUCUUUAAGCUCUCGCAACAUCUCGUGCUUUCAGCAUGCUUUCGUGCCUCAAAGUGCGGCGUUCCUCACGAUGUUUCAGGCUGCAGCUAAAACGCUUUCUGUUGCAACGACCACAGCAGCGACGUUAACCCGGGGAACAUCGUUUAGUCUUCGACGUUACUGCAAGAAGACACCAGCGAAGCUUAGAGUGUCCCAAGCUGUUGCAGGAGCUGAUUUGGGAGCAAAUGUCAAAGUACAGGGAUGGGUUCGCUCCGUUAGACCUCAGAAGGCAAAUCUCUUCCUCCAUGUGAAUGAUGGGAGCUCUCUGCAGUCGUUGCAGGUCGUCGCCAGCUCAGAGCUGAAUGAUCCAUUGCUCACACUUGGUAGUGCUGUUGAAGUCACGGGUACUCUUCGGAAAAGUCCAAACCAAAAACAGGCAGUUGAACUGGAAGCAGACCAAAUCCACGUAGUUGGAGAUUGUAACCCUGUGGAUUUUCCCUUCAAAAUAAAAGAGAGACACAGCCUUGAGUAUAUUCGCCAGUUCCCUCACCUCAGGUGUAGAACAAAUGCCUUUAGCUCCCUGUUGAGGAUACGAAGUGAGGCCACUACAGCAGUUCACUCAUAUUUCAAGGAAAAUGGCUUUGUGCAGAUCCACACUCCGGUCAUCACCUCAAACGACUGUGAAGGGGCAGGAGAGCUCUUUCAGGUCGAGACGUCCGGCCCAGACAAUGAAGAAGGUGAGAAGUUUUUCUCUGUCCCAGCUUUCCUGACCGUGUCUGGUCAGCUUCAUCUGGAAGUGAUGUCAGGGGCUUUUUCGAGAGUCUACACAUUUGGGCCAACUUUUCGCGCAGAGAACUCCCAAAGCAGACGCCACCUGGCUGAGUUUUACAUGGUGGAGGCCGAGGUCUCCUUCACGCAGUCCUUAGAGGAUCUCACCAAGGUCAUGGAGGACAUGUUCAGGUCUGCCACGGAGCAUGUCCUGGCUCACUGUGCCGAGGAUGUGGAUUUGUUUCACAAGCAUGUGACUCCUGGACACAGGGACACUGUGGAAGCUAUGCUGAAGAAGAGAUUCCCCGUGAUUACCUACAGUGAAGCUAUAGACAUCCUGAACCACAGCUCCCAGAAAUUUACCUUCCCAACAGACUGGGGUUGUGACCUCCAGACAGAACACGAGAAGUACCUGGUGAAACAUUGCGGCAACGUUCCAGUCUUUGUCACUGAUUAUCCUUACGAUCUUAAGCCUUUUUACGCGAGAGACAACCAGGAUCAUCCCAAACACACGGCAGCUGCAGUGGAUCUUCUGGUGCCGGGAGUCGGAGAGCUCUGUGGGGGCUCGCUGAGAGAGGAGAGGCUGGAUCUGCUGAGGGCUCGCCUGGAAGAGGCUGGAUUAGGAGACACCUACAGCUGGUAUCUGGAUUUGAGGCGCUUUGGCUCCGUCCCCCAUGGUGGCUUUGGAUUGGGAUUUGAGCGAUAUUUGCAAUGCAUUCUCGGUGUUGACAACAUAAAAGAUGUGAUUGCUUUCCCCAGAUCGUCCCAUUCUUGUCUUCUAUAAAACACAAUUCUGGCCAAGUAGAUAUUUUGAAGUCUGUAUUUGCUGUCUGUCAAAUAAAUAUUAUAUUCAACAUAGUUUUUCUUGUUAUUGGUUUAUAAAUAUGAUUAGUUAUUAUCAAAAAUGUAUCUGCAGCUGUAUAUAAAAACAAUGAACAAAAGAGAUAGUCCUACAACCACAUCUGAGAGGGAAUUUCACUCAUCCACAGUUAAUUAUUCAACAUAUCGCAAGGAAGUGUUUAGUUUCAUGAAUCAUUUUAUUUGCCUGUACCGACUUCCAUAUUUUAAUUAAAACAAUGUCGGUUUUUAGAGCGACAGACAAGUAUUUUAAAUCUCCACCAGAUGGUGCUUUUUCCCAUUCCAUCCAAUAUAGAAAAUACGAAUAAUUUACUCACAGCAGUUAUCUUGACCUUUUCUUUUCCAAAGUGCCGAAAAUCUUUAAAAAAAAAAGCUCCAUCUUUAACUUUGAUUUAUACUUGGUAAACAUACAACACGCGUUUGAUGUAAUAAUGUCAAAUCAGAUGCGUUUCCGUAUUUGGAAUAAAACAGAAAUGCUUAAACAUCUGUUUGGUGUGAGCGUGGAUAAAUAGUAUUUUACUAAAACAUCGGUUCCUCCAUUGUUUACACUCGUGUUGGCAUCUUGGA